UCUCAUCAGCCUACGUCACGGCUCAGGAGAGUCAUGUGACAAGUGGUUUGUACUAGCAUUACAAAAUGGCUGUUGUUGGAUAAAAGGUUCCAGUCAUUGAGAUAAAAAUAAAUAAACAAAUAAAUCUCCUCAGUUAACAAGAAGUAAACCGUUCACUAGAACGGACAUCGGUUGAUUAAAAAAAAGGUGAUAGUCUGAGCACGCUGGAUCCCGAGGGCCCUCUGAAGAUGGCGAGCCUGGUGACUCGGAGCCUGCUCAGCUUCGUGGAGGAGGAGAACAUGGCUGAGAUCAGGGCCUUUCUGGAGAAGUGCAAGGAGGUGGAUGAAAGAAAUGAGAAUGGACAGACCCCUCUAAUGUUAGCCGCAGAGCAAGGCAAUCUAGAGAUUGUUCAGGAGCUGUUGAAGAAAGGAGCGAACAUCAACCUUGAAGAUGCUGAUAACUGGACAGCCCUCAUUUCAGCAUCAAAGGAAGGACACAUCGACGUUGUGAAAGAACUGCUCAGAAACGAUGCUAACUUGGAGCACAGGGAUUCGGGAGGAUGGACUGCCCUUAUGUGGGCAGCAUACAAAGGGCGCACAGAGGUGACAAGCAUGUUGCUUGAAAAAGGUUCAAACCCAAACAUCACUGGACAACAAUACAGCGUUUACCCUAUCAUCUGGGCAGCUGGACGAGGGCAUGCAGAAAUUGUGCAUCUUUUACUUGAACAUGGUGCCAAAGUGAACUGCUCUGACAAGUACGGCACAACCCCCUUAAUCUGGGCUGCUAGGAAGGGCCAUUAUGACAGCGUUAUGCACCUGCUGGAGAACGGAGCAGAUGUGGAUCAAGAAGGAGCUAACUCUAUGACAGCCUUGAUCGUGGCAGUGAAGAGUGGAUAUACUGAUAUGGUAAAAGAACUUCUGAAGAGGAAUCCCAAUGUCAACAUGACUGAUAAAGAUGGAAACACAGCGCUGAUGAUCGCCGCCAAGGAAGGCCACACUGAGAUUGUCCAGGAUCUCUUGGAUGCUGGGACCUAUGUUAACAUCCCCGACAGGAGUGGAGACACAGUACUGAUUGGAGCUGUCAGAGGUGGUCAUGUGGAGAUUGUCAGAGCCUUGCUUCAAAAGUAUGCUGACAUAGACAUCCGAGGACAGGAUAACAAGACAGCUCUGUACUGGGCCGUAGAGAAAGGAAAUGCCACUAUGGUGAGGGAUAUCUUGCAGUGUAAUCCAGAUACUGAAAUCUGCACCAAGGACGGUGAAACCACUCUUAUUAAAGCGACGAAGAUGAGAAACAUUGAUAUUGUUGAACUUUUGCUGGAUAAAGGAGCCAGAGUGUCAGCAGUAGACAAGAAGGGAGAUACCCCGCUACACAUUGCAAUUCGCGGCAGGAGCAGAAAACUGGCUGAGCUGCUUCUGAGAAAUCCAAAGGAUGGUCGCUUGCUUUACCGUCCCAACAAAGCUGGAGAAACUCCUUACAACAUAGACUGCACUCAUCAGAAGAGCAUUUUAACUCAGAUAUUUGGAGCUAGGCACCUCUCUCCAAGCGAGUCUGACGGGGACAUGCUUGGCUAUGAUCUGUACAGCAGCGCUCUGGCUGACAUUCUCAGUGAACCGACCAUGCAGCCGCCCAUCUGUGUUGGACUCUAUGCGCAGUGGGGGAGUGGAAAAUCUUUCCUCCUCAAGAAGCUGGAAGAUGAGAUGAAGACCUUUGCUGGGCAACAGAUUGAGCCUCUUUUCCAGUUCUCCUGGCUGGUGGUGUUCCUGACCCUGCUUCUCUGUGGAGCUGUCGGACUGCUGCUGGCCUUUGUGGUGGAUCUAAAGCUCGGAAUUGCUGUUGGACUGAGCUUGCUUGCAGUCAUGUAUAUAUCUUUUGUUGUGGUGUAUUUUGGAGGUCGCAGAGAAGGAGAGAGUUGGAACUGGGCAUGGGUGCUGAGUACCCGGCUGGCCCGGCACAUCGGUUACCUUGAACUGCUCCUGAAACUGAUGUUCGUAAACCCCCCGGAGCUGCCAGAACAGACAACCCGAGCAUUACCAGUCAGGUUUUUGUUUACAGAUUACAAUCGUUUGUCCAGUGUUGGUGGAGAAACAUCCAUGGCUGAAAUGAUAGCUACUCUUUCUGAUGCCUGUGAAAGAGAAUUUGGGUUCCUCGCAACCAGGCUGUUUAGAGUCUUCAAAACUGAAGACAGUCAAGGGAAAAAGAAAUGGAAGAAGACCUGUUGUGUACCUUCCUUUGUCAUCUUCCUUUUCAUUCUGGGCUGCCUCAUCACUGGCAUCACCUUGUUGGCCAUAUUUAAGGUGGACGAGGGGAACAUGACAGUGAAUGCUGUACUGAUCUCCAUGGCCUGUGCCAUUGGCCUGGCACUGAUCCUCAACUGCCGUACUUGGUGGCAGGUCCUGGAUUCAAUCCUGAACUCCCAGAGGAAACGGCUUCAUAGCGCAGCCAACAAAAUGCAGAAACUGAAGAGUGAAGGCUUUAUGAAAGUUUUGAAGUGUGAAGUGGAACUUAUGGCCAGGAUGGCAAAGGCAAUCGACGGCUUCACACAGAAUCAAACCAGGCUUGCAGUUAUUAUUGAUGGACUGGAUGCCUGCGAGCAAGACAAAGUACUCCAGAUGCUUGACACUGUAAGAAUUUUGUUCUCCAAAGGUCCAUUUAUAGCCAUCUUUGCCAGCGACCCUCACAUUAUCAUUAAGGCUAUUAACCAGAACCUCAAUAGUGUGCUUAGAGACUCGAACAUCAAUGGCCAUGACUACAUGCGCAACAUAGUCCACCUGCCGGUGUUCCUGAACAGCCGUGGACUGAGCAGUGCCAAGAAGCUUCUUGUGGCAGCACCAACUAAUGGAGAUGUGACAAACUCAGAAGGUUGGCAUGAAGACACUGACAGAAAGCUUUCCCAGCACAGUCUUGGUGAGCUGACAAAGAUUGGUAGCAAAACUGCUCUAAAUAGAAGGGACACCUAUCGAAGGAGGCAGAUGCAGAGAACAGUAACACGGCAGAUGUCCUUUGAUCUGACUAAAUUGCUUGUUACUGAGGACUGGUUCAGUGACAUCAGCCCGCAGACAAUGAGAAGAUUACUCAAUAUUGUUUCUGUCACAGGAAGGCUGCUGAGAGCCAAUCAGAUCACCUUUAACUGGGACAGACUGGCAUCCUGGAUAAACAUCACGGAACAGUGGCCAUAUAGAACCUCUUGGCUCAUUCUGUAUCUGGAAGAAACUGAGGGGGUUCCAGAGCAUGCCACCCUGAAAACAAUUUAUGAAAGAAUAUCAAAGAAUAUUCCAACCACCAAAGAUGUGGAGCCCUUGCUUGAAAUUGAUGGCGACAUCCGCAGCUUCGAAGUGUUUCUGGCUUCAAGGACGCCGGUUCUUACAGUCCGGGACAUAAAAACCUUUUUACCAUGUACUGUCAACCUGGAUCCCAAACUGCGAGAGAUCAUUGCAGAUGUCCGUGCUGCCAGGGAGCAGAUAAAUAUUGGAGGAAUUGCCUAUCCCACAAUGCCCUUGCAGGAUGCCCCUCCCCGGGCCGCCUCUGUUUUCAGCCAGCCAUCUUCCGCCUGCUCGCCCACCGCAUCCUUCAAUGGCCCCUUCAACCCUGCUGGAGUCAUGUCUCCACAGCCACACAGCAGUUACUACAGCGGCAUGACUGGGCCACAGCAUCCCUUCUACAACAGACCUUAUUUUCCCCAUCAUGUUUCUUAUCUGCCAAGGCAAUACUUUGGCAGUUCUCAUCAUCCUUUGUCACGUCCAUCAGUUAAAACGGUGUAUCCCAGGGAUCAGAACAAUGGACUAGAUGUUAUCAAGGAGGAUGCCAACGAGGGGCUUCCCUCCCCCACAGUUCCCUCAAUGCAGUUUAAAUCUGAGUAUUUCAAACCAAAACAGGGUGCAGCUUCUGCUGUGUCUGGGGUUCCAAUGGUGCUGCUCAGUUCCAUGAAUGUGGAUGCUGUUUGUGAGCGACUAAAACUGAUCGAAGGCAUUGACCAGAGUAUGUUGCCGCAGUACACUACUACAAUUAAGAAGGCGAACGUGAAUGGCCGAGUACUGUCUCAGUGUAAUUUAGAUGAACUUAAGAAAGAGAUGAGCAUGAACUUUGGAGACUGGCAGCUUUUCAGAGGCACGGUGAUGGAAUUGCGCCACCUUGAAAACCAGGCUAUCCAUGAGGAUUCCAGAGCAGUUAGUGAGCAGGGAAGCAGUGUGAUUGGACAUAGUGAACCAGUCCGUCGGCAAGGGCCUCCAGCUGAAAAUGCUGUUAACCCAGACGGCACAAUGACUUACAGCCUCAACUUCAGCUUCGAGGAGCUAAGUACUGUUGGCCUGGAUGAACCAGUACGUCACAGCAACCCAAGUUGGCCGACUCACAGAACGCCAAGCAUGUCAAGUCUAAACUCCCAGGAGUCUUCUAAUGAGAUAUGUAAGCUGACAGACAAGCAGCAAGCUGAAUAUAGAGAUGCCUACAAAGAGUAUAUUGCGUCGAUGGCACAGCUGGAGGCAACAGGCAACACUGGUGAAAAACCUGUUCAGCCCCACCCUGCCCAAUUCAUACAAAGUGCAUCAGGGGUGUCUCUGCAUUCCAACUUGGAAGAAAAGGGUAAAGAUGGUGAACAGGAUGGCAGGAAGCCUUUCAUGAAAAGAGAUGGCAACCAACGUAGUGGCAAGCCCUCUGACAUGGUGGACUACACAUCUUCAGCCAUCUCCACUGCUGACACAUCCCCUCUGGAUCCCAUCACAGAAGAAGACGAGAAGCCAGACCACGCCGCUUCUAAGCUCCUGGGGAAGAAGCCAUCAUCUGAGAGAAUUAACAUAUUCCAUGGAGCCGAUUUGAAACUCAAGGGAGUUGGUUUGCGUUAUCAGAAGCUGACCAGUGAUGAGGAUGAGUCCGGAAACGAGGAAUCUGACAACACCCCACUUCUUAAAGAAGGCAAGGAGAGGUCCGAUUCCGAGUCCGCUGAUCGUAGACCUUCGGGGAAAGGGAAGGAGUACAUGUCAGAUGCCAUGCUGGAUAAGAAGGAUUCCUCAGAUUCUGGAGUGAGGUCCAACGAGAGCUCCCCUAACCACUCCCUUCAAGACGAAGAAGCUGAUGUCUCUCAACUGGAGAAGGCCAACCUGAUUGAGCUGGACGAGGACACCAUGGCGAGAAAGAGGGGAUUACCCAGAAGCCUGAGUGGUCUGCAGGACUCAGCCAUUGCUCGCAUGUCCAUCUGCUCCGAAGAUAAAAAGAGCCCUUCCGAGUGCAGCCUGAUCGCGAGCAGCCCAGAGGAAAGCUGGCCCCCCAGCCAGAAGGCCUACAACCUAAACCGCACUGCCAGCAACACCACUCUCAACAACAACAGCAACACUCCAAACCAGGGCCAGUCCUUCGAUGAGUCGGAGGGAACCAGGCGAGACUCCAGACACAUGGAAAACAGCGUAUCUCAAAUCCUCAUCCACCCGGGUUCCAGCACUCAUCCAACCGCUGUACAGAAUGAAAACCUGAAGGGCAUCCAUCUCAAGAGGGGCGUGACUGGAAGUUACAAUCGGCACUCCAAGGAAGGGGCUUCUCCAGAGCUGCAUACUGUCGCCUCUUCAGACACAGUCCGCUUCGGAGAGGAGCGGGAAAGCAUCCUUUAAAUUAGUCAUUUUCUUAGGGCUGAGGAGGAUUAAAAAAAAUGUAUGAUGUGUAUUGUUGUGUUGUGUUGGUGAUGUUAUGUAAAAUAAGCCUACACAAUCUGAAUUUUACAUAAUUAAUGUAAUGUAAAUUUCUGGUUAUGAAGAUUAAUUCUGCAAUCUUAAUUUGAAAAGAAUAAUGGUUGAAACCAGUUAAACUGAAAGAAGUUAACAAAGAUCAUGUGCAAAUUGCAAAUUUGUCCAAGUGCUUUUUAAGGGAACACAACUUGAAGGUUUAGACAUUAUUAUAAAUGACUUUGGCAAAACAUCUCCUUUCAGUAAACCCAUAAACGGUGAGGUAAUUCAGAUAAGUGUUUGCCUAUGUCUGUUCAGUUCUUUAUCGUGUUUGUGAAGUCGUAGUUAAAGAAAAUUGUUGAAGUGACUUAUGUUAUUUAAAACUGCCAGUGUAACUGGAGAGUAAAAAAAUAUUUGAAGUUGUCAGUGUGCCUGGUGUAUACUGUUCAGUUGUGCUUAUUCGUGUCUAGUAAUUUUAAAUAGACUAUUGAUUAAUUGCAUAAAAUAUGAUAUACUGGUAGUUGAAUCACUGUAUUAGAAAUAAAACUGUCAUGUAAUAUGACUGCUUUUGUGAUCUGUUAUAGUACCACGUAUAAUCACUAGAAUUGAAAAAUUAUGACCACGUUUGUGAACACAUCCGAUACUAGAAUGCCGCAGUAUUAUGUUUCUGUGAGUCUUUGUAAUUUCAAAGUUAUUUUAAAAAAGAAAGUAUUUUUAGGGUCUGUACUUUCAGAAUGAGAAUGAUUUACCAACAUUCAAAUGUAAGUGUAUCAUUACAAGUUAAAUGACACUGGUACACCUAAUUGAACCAUGUUUAGAUGUGCUGGUUGUUCUAAAUAAAGAAAAAUAAAAUGACUACAUUGUUAUUUGUAGCAUGCAUUCAGUACUUAUGUAUACUGUAGCCUGAAAGAGAUGUAAGUUUCUGUAUUCUCAAAGUAUAUAGUGAAGUGCUGUAUUUGAACAAGUGUUUGAGAAAAUAAAUAAAUAUGUAGGCUACA